AUGCAUUCUGGCUUCCUGGUUGAGAUACUGUCACAGAAAUGGGCCAUUCUGAUCAAAGUCGACAUAUUCAUCGUCGGUGUUAUCGUAAAAUGCACGGCUAUCACAGGAAUCGGACAUAGCGCUGUCCUGGGUGGUCGCUUUGUUACGGAUAUGGGCGUCGGUUCUUUGUCGAUGAUUGUGCCGAUGUAUAACGCGGAGCUGGCGCCGCCAGAGGUACACGGUGCGCUUGUUAGACUUCAGCAAUUGAGUAUCACACUUGGAAUCAUGGUCUGUUUCUGGAUCGACUAUGGUACCAACCACAUUGGCGGAACCGGGGCCGGACAAAAGGAUUCUGCAUGGCUCAUCCCUCUUGCGUUGCAGCUAGCUCCCGCCGCCCUUCUCGGUGUCGGCAUGUUGUUCAUGCCUUUCUCGCCACAUUGGCUCGUCCACAACAAUCGCGAAGACGAGGCCCGCCGUGUACUCGCUCAACUACGCGAACUUUCCCAGGACGAUGAGCUCGUUGAGCUCGAGUACGCCGAGAUCCGCGCUCAGAGCUUGUUUGAGAAGAAGUCGCUCGCAGAAAACUUCCCCCACCUUCAAGAUAUGAGUGCUGUGUCAAUUUUCAAACUUCAGUUCGUGGCGAUUGGCAGCCUAUUUACGAUAAAAGGCAUGUUCAAGCGCUAUGCACCGACAAUAUUCGGUGAUCUGGGGUUGUCGAGCAACUCUGUUAGUUCACUGGUUACUGGUGUUGUUGGCAUCGCCAUGUUUCUAGCGACUAUCCCGGCAGUCUUGUAUGCUGACACGCUUGGCCGCAAACCAGUGCUUAUCAGUGGAGUUAUCGGUAUUGCUGCUUGCCACUUCAUCGUUUCUGGCAUUGCAGCCGGGUUCGAAGACGACUGGCCACACCACCAAGGUGCCGGGUGGGCGGCAUGCGCAAUGGUCUGGCUAUUCGUCGUCUUCUUUGGUUACUCGUGGGGUCCCUCCUCGUGGAUCGUCAUGGCAGAGAUAUGGCCUCUGGCAAAUCGUCCAUACGGUAUCGCUCUUGGCGCUUCUUCCAACUGGAUUAAUAACUUUAUUGUUGGCCAAGUGACACCAGACAUGCUUACGCACCUGCGUUAUGGCACUUAUAUCUUCUUUGGUAUUUUCACUGCCGUGGGUGCUGCUUUUAUCUUCUUCUUUUUCCUGAAGACAAAGGAGUUGUCACUUGAGGAGAUGGACCAUCUCUUUGGCUUUGUCGGCACUGCUCAGCGCGAAAAGGAGCGUUGGAACGAUGUCUAUCGUGAGGUUGGGCUUGCGGAGCUACGAGAGCGCUGUGGUCUGGUGGAUCAGAAUGCUGGCUCGGGUGCAUCGAUAGCAAAGGAAUUGCCAACCUACAACGACACGCUUGAGAAGAAUAAGCCGGCAUUUCAUGAGUCGGCAUAG